CUUGUGGCAGACUUAGUACAUGAAAGAGUGCGUACAGCUCGAGAAAGAGUUCUUCCAGGAGGAAGAAGCAGGUGAGGGGGAGUGAGGCUAUGGAUCAUGCCGAGCUCUCGCUUGGCCUUCCUGGAUCGAUGAUGAGUGAGAUCACGAGUAGUGCAUCUACGGAAUCAGAUGCGAUUGCUAAGAGGAAAAGGAAGAUGCAGCAGACUUGGGAUCAUGGGAUUGAUCUCCACCUCAAUCAUCCCCUCCCUUUAGAAUGGGAACAAUGCCUGGACUUACAAUCGGGGAACAUGUACUACUUGAACAGGAAGACGAUGAAGAAGAGUUGGGUGAGGCUCGAGGAGAAGUCGAUGAAGUUGGAGCUUAACAUCUCAACCUUUGGGAGCUCAGAGACGAAGAAACAGUGCAGCUCAAGUGGCAGCAGCAUGAUGGCAUUAGUCUGUGUGAACUGCCAUCUCCUCGUCAUGCUGCGCAAGUCAUCUCCUUCAUGUCCGAACUGCAAGUACGUGCACUCAUUGCCUCCUCCUCCUCCUCCUCCUCAGAAGCUCCAAGCCGUCAAGCCCUUGGAAACUCUCAGCCUCCUCCAUUGAUUCCACUCAUGUUCAAAGAGGUGAUGGACGUGAUACAGAAGCUUCGACUUGUCUUCUUUGUGAGUUGCACUUAGGGCAGUUUGGUUGGUGGAUGGACAUGAUGAAUGCCCCAUUCUACUCCUUUGUCUCUUGCGUCCACUGCAUGUGAUGGUAAACUGAGAGCUAAAAUUUGUGAGGAGGAACUGGCAGUCACAAACCCAGGUGGGUGUGCAUGCAUCUGCAUCUCCAAAAUUUUACAAGGGUUUGGAACUCCUGCUCAUGCAAUGGGUUGUCCGAUCAAUUUGAUUAGGAUAAUGUUAUUUAGGUACUAACAAAAAAAAAAAAAAAAAACCCCUCCUGGGAGAUAACUCUGACAUGUAGAUGUCAGAGUUGAGGUUGACUUGGUCUCAUCUUGGGGCAAAACAUGUGAUUUAUGUUUUAUGAUUUGUUAGAUUUUAUAUCCAAGAUUGAAGAUUAUCUAGGCUAAGUUGGGUCAUUGGAUGACAAGAGCUAGAAACAAGCAUUAUGUGGCAUGAAAUAUAUAUAAAAAAAAUACUCAUUAAAUGUACUGCAACUCAAUGAAAUUAUCCUCAUGAAAUGUUAGAGGAAUAUUUUUGAAUUAUAGUUAUCAAUAAUUGGAUUGGACUAAUCUUUCAUUUGUUACCCCAUCAUCCUCUUGUUGUCGUCCCCUUUUAUAUCGUCUUCCACUCUCCCACUUUUGGCACAGCUCUCUCUUUGGCGUUCAAGUCUCUUUCUUUUCUUUGGUCGUCAUCAUCUUCUCUCUCGAUGUUAUCCUCUCUCAUUACCAACAAGUUGUAACAAGUUCAGGAAUAAUACGAGUACAUUAAAACCUGAGUUUAACAGUCUUCAAGUUGUAAGGAUGUGAAGCAAAAGAUUUACAGAAAGUAACAGGAACAGACUCUGUAGUUAUACUUCACCCUGUUUUAUAUGAACAUGGAAAGUUCUAUACACUUAUGGUGGAAUAGCUCCAAUUAUUCAUUAGCAAUCAGGUGUUUGAUUUAAGCCUGAUGGUGACAAUAAGUCGAUGAUAAAAAAGGUUGGUUGCAAAUUAUGCCUGAAUUCAAACAUAAUUCAAGUACCUACUUAUGUACCUGAAUCCUUUUGGAAACUGGUUAACCUAUUCCCGAUCCCUGUUUAAGCAGAUUUUGGGUAGACCCAAAUACCCAAGAAGAACUCUCACUUUUUUCUUUUUUCUUUUGCGAGAAGAACUCUCGCAUUUGAAUGAAGGUAAUCAUUAAGUUAAAUUAUUUGUUAUCUAAACGGAUAAGAUAAUUAAAUUCUUUAUCAUAUGGUUGGUUCACCUCUAAUAAGCAUCUGGUGAUUCUUCUUGCCAGGUAGGAUAUGAGAGCACAUAUACAACAUGUAUGAAACAUUUUCAGUUGUUCCAACAAGUUGUAAGAAGUCCAGAA